CAGUCCCAGGAGUUUGGAGAUGGUCUCUGCAGAGGUCCAGCAGAUCCUGCACCUUUAAGGUAAAGGUGGGUACCCUGUGAAGUGCUGGAGAAGGGCAUAGGGCUGCUGCCCUGAUGCACUCUUGGGUUUGGGGCUCGGCGCAGGAGAAGCUGCCAGGUUGAGGCUCCAGGUGCUGCUGUGGCAGAGGCUCUUUGGCAGCUGCUGGUGAGAGAUCUGCACAGAGAGGGGCAAGGACUUCCUGAGAUUAAGCCAGCCCUGCCACCAAGAGGUGACAGCAAGUGGAAAGGGGGAGCUGGCACAAAACCCCUCCAUCACCGAGUCCGCCACCAUGGCCCGGCCAUGGCUCCAUCUCUGCAUCUGCCUCCAGAUCCCAGGCUUUUAUACAACUCUACUUUUAACCCAAACUCCAGGGCAUAUUCUAACCCAAACUAACAAUAAAACUGAGAUCCUCUGUGAGCUGGAGCAGGAGCAUACCGGGGUGUACUGGUACCGCUGGAGCCAGCAGAGGCAACAUUUCGAGUUCUUGGUAUUUUCCAACACGCUGGGCAAAACCACAUAUGGCCCAAAUGUGAGGCAGGACAAGUUUAGUGUCCAUGAGGCGAGGUCCCACAGCUCCUCCAGCCUGCACAUCAGCCACCUGCAUCCCUCGGACAGCGGCACCUACUACUGCUCCGUCUCCCAGUCCUCCCAGCUCCUCCUGGGCACUGGGACACAGCUCAGAGUGGUUGAUGCUUUGCCUCCAAAGACCACACAGACACCGGUGUCCAAAAAGCCAGUGCCACGGAUAACCAAAGGCAAAGCUGCCAGCAGGGAAGGUCCCUGCAGUCCCCUGGUCUGGAUCCCACUGGCCGCUGGUGUCCUGCUCCUCCUGCUGAGCCUGGUUCUCACCGCCUACCGCCUGUACCGUCUGCGGCGGAGGCUGUGGCUUCGCAUCCACAGGCAGUAAAUCCCAGUAAAUCCCAGUAAGUCCCAGUAAAUCCCACUGCCCCCCCUGCCUCAGACAGGCAGGGAGAAGCCACAGACUUCUCUGCACAAAGCUGAGCACUGUCUGGACAUGACCCAGGAAGGACCUGGCAGGGAACAGACGUGGGCUUGUACCACAAAAGAGACAUUUCUCUCCUGCAUGACUUCAACAUUCUCCUGGACACAGCAGCUGGCAAAAGGACCAAGCUGGAUUCUGCAGCAUCCUGAGCACUUCCCAAAGGACACUGAGCAGGGCAAAUGCUACGGCUGGCUCUGCACGGGGGAAAAGGGGCUGGUACCAAAGGGAUUCAGAUGGACUGGGAAGCUGUGAGCUCCUUGGCUCUCCUCUGUGUUCAUCUGUAGGACAGCACAAAGGUGCUUUUUUUGCUCCUGUUAAUACUGAUUGAUAAAAAUCUGGUAACCAACACUUUGAGAGCAACCAGCAGGA